UGACAAAGUGGCUGCUGUACGAGUGCGGGGUCAACCUAAUUCAAGGCAUCCGAGCUUUCCGUGCAAGAUUGGGGAUGGGCAUGAUGGAGGACGAGGGGGAUAAGAUGAGCUGUGCUGCGUCUGUGAGGACGAUGUUUGCUGCGUAGUACGAUCAAUUGAAGUGACAAGAUAUCAUCACAUUAGCCAUGUCUCAGAAUAACCCCAUGUCGACUCUUGCCAAUGGGCAGCCGAGUGAGAACCCAGGUUCAGUCCAGCAAGUUCGCUAUGGAAAAAGCAACGGCGGCCUCAUCGUCUUGAGCGACACUCAAACUAUCGAAGUACUCGCUCACUUUGCUCGCGAACGUAUUCCGGAGAGGAGCGUACAUGCCAAGGCCGCUGGAGCCUUUGGCGAAUUCGAAGUCCUCGAAGAUAUUUCGCAUCUGACUGACGCAGACUUCCUCACGGGCAUCGGCAAGAAGACCAAACUACUCUCACGAAUCUCAACUGUCGGUGGGGAGAAAGGCUCCAGCGACACUGUCCGCGAUGUUCGCGGUUGGGCGACCAAAUUCUACACCGAAGAAGGUAUCCAGGAUUUUGUCUUCAACGAUCUGCCUGUGUUCUUCAUCCGAGACCCAAUCAAGUUUCCGUCCAUGAAUCGCAGUCACAAGAGGCAUCCCCAGACUAAUGUUCCUGAUAACACCAUGUUCUGGGACUUUCAUCUGAAUAAUCCUGAGGGUAUUCAUGCUCUGAUGCACCUAUUUGGGCAGCGCGGUAUUCCUGCGUCGCUGAGAAACAUUAAUGGCUUCAGUGUUCACACCUAUACUCUCAACAAAGCUGAUGGCAGCUAUGUUUACGUCAAAUGGCAUUUCAGGCCUGACGACGGAAUCAAGACAAUGGAUGCAGACACUGCUCAGCGACUAGCAGGCUCAGAACCGGACUACCAUGUCAAAGAUCUCUUCAAGGCCAUUGAGAAAGGUGACUUUCCUUCCUGGGGUGUGUACAUCCAGGUCAUGCAACCUGAUGAGGUCAAGGCUGCACCGAUUGAUGUUUUCGAUGAUACAUAUACUUGGCCUUUUGAGAAGUAUCCUCUGCGACUUGUGGGUAGGAUAACUCUUACUCAGAAUCUCAACAACUACUUCCAAGACUUGGAGCAGGCAUGUUUCUCGCCCUCAAACAUGGUUCCUGGUAUAGGGCCUUCAGCAGACCCUGUCCUUCAAGCAAGAAUGUUCAGCUACCCAGAUGCCCAUCGUUACCGAGUCGGACCCAAUUACUUCCAACUACCCUGCAACAAACCCAUCAACAAAGUCUACGCCCCAUACGUCCGCGACGGCCCUGGCACAAUCAACGGCAACUACGGAGGCGACCCAGACUACGUCGGCUCAGAGAUUCGUCCAGUCAGUAUGAGCAAACGAGUUCAAGUGCCUACCCAUGAAGAUUGGUCUGGCCAUGUCACCGCUUUCGCAACUUCCAUCACGGAUAAGGACUUUGAGCAGCCUAGAGCACUCUGGAAGAUCAUUUGUAAAGAGCCGAAGGGUAAAGAACAGUUCUUGCAUAAUAUUCUUCCGACGUUGAGGGAUAUUCCUGAUAAGAUGAAAGAUCAGGUCGUUGAGUAUUUCGGGCGCGUUGAUGGGGAUUUGAAGACUUGUCUAAAAGAAGGUCUUUCCAAGUAAGACCGGCCAUUGCUAUUAGUCACAGUAUUAAAACAAGGGUAUUAGUCGAUUCAGUCAAUUGACAUGAUUCUGCACUGGGGCGCUGAUGUGAACAAACCUUUUCGGGGCGCGUAAAUCGUUUCAGGGUUGGAUUUUUAGGGACCAGGGGGUGCUAGAAGACCCCACUGAUGUGACGCUGCUGAUCACUGUAACUAUGAGCUAAGCCUCCCGUCCACUUGCUCGAUUGUUUCACGUCGAACCAACAUAAAAGCAUCGGCUGCACGCCCUCAAAUC